GCAGUGGCCACCUCCCAGAACCGCAGGGAACCGUCGUCGGAGCCUGGAUGCAGAAGAGGCAGCGUUCAGCACCUGGCCAUCCCACCUGCCCCCACAGCUCAAGGCUGCCCCCAGCUUGGACCCACCUGAAACCAGCCACUGGCCCCCAGGAGAGACACUGAGGCACCGGACAAGGUCACUGUGGCCCCUGUAGACCUGAGGAGGAGAAGGUGGCGGUGAAGAGCCACUCAGAGGGUGCAACCCCAGCCCCUUAGUCUCCACUUACCAGGGCCUGGCACGUGGGGAAGGGCUGCAGGUCCCUCGGCCGAGGCAGCUUGGGGAUGAGGUCCUCAGGGUCUACAUUCACCUGGAGCACGAGAGCGCCAGGUCAGCCUUGCCCCCUGUGCCACCCCCCGGUGUGCCACCCCCACACACCCUCAUCUUGGCAGGAGAACGCCAGGUCAGCCUUGCCCCCUGUGCCGCCCCCACACACCCUCAUCUUGCGCUGCCGUGGGCACAGAUACAGGUCAAGGCAGCGCUCGAAGCGUUCCUGGAUGAAGCGUCCAUAGGCAGGCACAGCCCGCAGGCUCGGGAACUUGCGUGGCAAAAAGCUCUGCUUCCUCUCGCCCGGCUCCUGCUGUUCCCACGCCAAGUGCUGUGGAGACCGAGACGGGGUGGGGAGGGUCACAGGGGAGCAUGGGGACGGGGCCCCGACCCCCCAGGAUGCAGGCCCACCUCCUCCUCGCUGAGCAGGUAUUCAGGGGGUGGGUUGUACGACUCGGCGUGGCCUGGCAGGGCCAGCUUGGGUGCAGGCACGUGCAUCUUGUGGCGCCCCAGCACGGCAUUGGGGUCCUCCUGGGCCCACAGGUCAUAGAAGCUGGGGGUGGGGUCUCGGGGCCGGCGAGGCUGGAUCCAGCCCAUCUUGAUGGCGUGCACCAUGCGAGAGACCUGCACAGACAGCCGGGUCAGGACAAGCAGCGUGGGGCGGGCAGCCAGGCCAAGCCCCAGGGGCACGGGACCCCACCUUCUCCUUCUCCACCAGGGAGGGGAUGAAGCUGCGCUUGUCGGCCGGGCGGUUGGUCACCGGGUGGAUCAUGACGUCCCCGCUGAAGAAGUCGACAGCCGGCUGGGGGGGAAAGAUGUGGGCGUGGGGGCCAGAGUGGCUGAGGCCCUGCUGGUGCCUCCAGGACCCCCCCCACAGGGCCACCCGCUGCCACCUACCUCAUAAGGGUUGAAGCCCAUGUCCCCAAACUGGCCGCUCUGCAGCCGCCGCACCAGGGCCACCUGCUCAUCCGUCAGCCUCAGGUCCUGCCCUGUCAUCGGGUCCUGCACAGUGCGCCUGGAGACCGGCAGUCAGACCCCGCCAGCCCUGCCCCAUCCGUCGGGCCCACCCUGGCUGCUGGCCCCGCCCUGCCGGCCCUCACCAGUAGUCAGGGUCGUCCAUCUUGUCCAGGAACUGGUCCAGCUCAUCCCGGGUCCGCAGGGGCUUGUAGAUGCGCCUGCCAUCCAGGUCGUAGCCCACAUGGGGGAAGUCGGCGUACCACUCCAAGGGCACGUUGCCCACCGUGUUCCGGAUGUCCUGCGGCCGGGGGUCACCAUGUCAGUAUCUGACCCUACAAGGCCCACCCCCUCUUCGGGCCGCCCAGGGGAGCAGGUGAGGAGGUUGCAGGGUGAGUGCAGGCCCAGCCUCAAGUGCCCUGAGGUCACUGGCCCUGACCUACGCCCUUUCCCCAGCCCUGGGGUCUGACGUGGCACGGCGGCCACGCUGCCCCCACCCCCGCCCUCGGAGGCGCCGGAGCUGCACCUUCACAUUUUCCACUGAAGUGGUGCCAACCCCAGGGCUCCCCCCUCACUGGAUUCCUUGGCCAGGGCUCUGGGCAGCCACAGACAGGGAUGACCUCAUCACCCGCGGGCUCCCUCCCCUGGCAGGGGCCUUAGGCAGCAGUGGGCAGCUGUAAGAUGAGGACUCAGGGAAGACCCCAACUGACCCAUUCCACAGAGAGGCAGAAGCCAAGACCUCUGUGGGGGCCCCCCCACCAUCUGCCCUCGGCCCCUCCACAGGCAGAACAGCCACGUUCCUGGACGUACAUUCCUGGUUGCAGCCCCUGCCAGCCGCCACCCUCGCUCCUUCCAGCCUGGGGACCGCUGCCCAGGCGGCUGCUUCCUGCAACAGUAGCCACGGGGAGGGGCCCAGGCAAGACAGAGCACAGCUGGCAGCCUGUGGGGUCCCCUGCCACAGGAGGGGCCCCUUGGGCCCUGUCCCCUGCUGAGGGUCCUUUCCUCUCCUCCCCAUGGAGAAAAGGGGCCAUCCCCAAAUUGGAUGAUGGGGGUAUGUGUGUGUUUCCUGAGGGGCCUGGUGGCCCUGGAGAGGAAAGGGGAAGGAGGAGGGGGCAAGAAGGAGACCCACGGGGUGAGAGGUCCACACAGCACAGGAACAGGGGACCUGGCCAGAGCCUAGCAGGAGGCACAGUCUGUGCCAAGCCUGGAGAGGCAGGUGCAGGACAGACAGGCAGAGAUUGAGCUCUAGGCCCCUGAAUACUCGCCUGUGCCCGCCCCCUGCACACGGCCUGGCACAAGCAGGCGCUGGCGCACAUGGGAGGCAGAGACAGACAGGGUGCGGUCAGGCAGCAGGGCCAGGGCGGCUGGGUUAACUCAGUUGUGCCACGGGAGAAAACGGGUGGUGGGUCCCGCUGACCUUCCUCCCCUCUCCCGGGGAGGGGGGCACUGCAGUCUGGGGGCCCUGAGUAACUACAGCCCAGAAGCAACCUCCCGCUUCCUCCGCAUCCCCAGGGACAGAACGAUGCCCCAAAGACCCCCGCCCCCAACCAAGCGCGGCCACAGAGGGCCAGGGGAUGCGGCGGGCGCUGCUCGAGGAGCCUCCAGGCUGGGAGGGGCGGGGCGUGCGCGGGGGAGGGGCCGGGACGCCGCUAUAAAGGCGCGGCUCGGGGCCCCGCUCCAGCCCGGGACGCACAUGUGCGCGCGGCGCCCGGCAGCUGCCACCGCGGGGCGCAGCCGAGACCCUGCGCCUCGCCCCGGCCGGCCCGCGGUGGCCGCAGGAGGCGGCAUGAGCAGCGCGCGACAGAGCUGACGCCGCGCCCCCGCCGGCCCCAUGUCCUUCGCCACGCUGCGCCCGGCACCGCCGGGCCGCUACCUGUACCCCGAGGUGAGCCCGCUGUCGGAGGACGAGGACCGCGGCAGCGACAGCUCGGGCUCCGACGAGAAACCCUGUCGCGUGCACGCGGCGCGCUGCGGCCUCCAAGGCGCCCGGCGGAGGGCGGGGGGCCGACGGGCCGGGGGCGGGGGGCCGGGGGGCCGGCCAGGCCGUGAGCCCCGGCAGCGCCACACGGCGAACGCGCGCGAGCGGGACCGCACCAACAGCGUGAACACGGCCUUCACGGCGCUUCGCACGCUGAUCCCCACCGAGCCCGCGGACCGCAAGCUCUCCAAGAUCGAGACGCUCCGCCUGGCCUCCAGCUACAUCUCGCACCUGGGCAACGUGCUGCUGGCAGGCGAGGCCUGCGGCGACGGACAGCCCUGCCACUCCGGGCCCGCCUUCUUCCACGCGGCGCGCGCCGGCAGCCCCCCGCCACCGCCCCCGCCGCCUCCCGCCCGCGACGGCGAGAACACCCAGCCCAAACAGAUCUGCACCUUCUGCCUCAGCAACCAGAGAAAGUUGAGCAAGGACCGCGACAGAAAGACAGCGAUUCGCAGUUAGGAGGUGGCCGGCAGCAGCCAGGAGGCAGACGCUGCUGGGGGAGGUGAACACCCGGGGUGACGGCAGACAGCCCCCACCUUGGACCUGAGCUGGGCAAGGCCCGCCACAAGCAUGCCCCAGGCCAGCCCUAGCUGCAAGCGGGGCCGAGGGACAGAUGGACGUACAAGACAGGCACCGGCAGCGGGACUCUGUGCUGGCCCCAGCACCUGCCCGGGCCCACUGGAACUUUCUGCGCUGGCUUUUCUUCCGGCCACUGUGUGUUGGCGUCUUGUGUUUUUGAUAUGAUAAUAUAAAGUCUGAAAAUUUUGUAUAAUUAAAAACAAAACAGUAUCUUCCAAAU